AUGGGGCAGCGCGGUUCCUCCUCCACCACGAACGAGGCUGGGCAAGGCAGAAAUAGUUCCAUGCUCUAUGAUGAGGCUCAGCACCGCGCCCCCGCAAGGCUCAUCCCGGAGGUGCUCCCCAACGUCUUCCCAACGCCGCUGCCGGCCGCAGAGCUGGUCGUUGCCCGCAGCUCGUGGAUUUCUGCGACGGAGUCGGCGCUCACCCGCGAGUGGCAGGCCGGGCGCGAACGACAAAAGUUGGGCGUCUUCUCCACCUCCCCGCACGUCCCGCUCAAGUGCACCGCCGUGCCAUUCCCGGCAAACCGUAGUUCAGGCAUUUGGCACGUAACUGUAGAGGACGAGAAAAUCACGGAGGUUCCUGUCGGCAAGGAUUUCUUUUUGGCGCUGCGCUCGGCCUGGCGAAAAGGGGCCCCUGCAGAAGAAGGGCAGGAGCUCGCACUGGACCCUGACGCGUGUCGAAAGUACUCCGACGCCGUUUCCUUUGUGCUUGAGGAACCCUACGCCGGUGUUAUGUCGCCACCGGUGCCGCUUUCCUACGUGGUUUCAGAGGUACUCGUGCCACAGUGGGUGGAGGACGGGCUUUUUGACGCACCUGCUCUGCGUCACAACCCCUGA